UUCUCUGAAGGAUAAAGCAUUUUAGUCUCCAUAACUUUGAUUGCUGUGAACACUUUGUAUCAUUAUUUAUCGAAACCAUGGCCUCCCUUAUCAAACUUUGCUUCUUCUUCAUUGUGAUUAUUCAAGCCUCUCUCUUGCUUUCACCUUUGGUGCUCAGUGAUGAUGAAGCCAAUGAAGAUGAUAUUCUCCAAGGCAUCAACAGCUACAGACGAUCACUGAGCUUACCGAACCUCAUCAAGCACGACAAAGCGGAUUGCCUAGCAGAAGAAAUUGCUGAUGAUAUACAGGACCAACCAUGCAGCAGCCGUACCAAUGGCGCCAACAUCUCACCAAAAUCAUCAACUGAACUCCCCAGUCUUCCCAGUAACUUGAUCAAGUGCAAAAUAGAUGUGAACAGCACAGUGGAUGGGGUCAUAAUGCCAGUUUGUGUGCCCAAAGCAGUCUCAACUCUUGUGCUUACCAAUUACACUAGCUCCCCGCGCUACGCAAAAUUUCUGAAUGAUUCGAGGUUCACUGGGGUUGGAAUUGGUACCGAGGACGAUUGGACUGUGGUGGUUUUGGCAACAAGUACCCGAACAGGAAGCUUUGCCAAUGCAGUAAACUCUUUGGUUUCGACGGUUGGCGCUGUCCAUUACUUGGUCUCCUUAAUGUUGGGGUUGUGGCUUAUUUUGGUUAGCUGAAAUCGGCUUGUUGGUGACUGUUUUCCGACUUCUUAUGUUGUACCCAUUUGGUUUCUCUUUUGUUAAUUUCUGCUAGCUAGUUGUGUAAAUUAGUGUAUUUG